CAAUCAACAUCUCGCCCCCGUCUCGUGGACCCUCGUUCCUGCUAGGGAUCUACGUAACAGCUUAGCCGGCAGCGCCUCGCGGGUCUUGUCCCAAGAUGCUCUAGCUCUGCCUUGAGCCUCGUAGUAAGACGUUUAUAAUCUAGGCAAUAAUCAACGUCUUUCGUGUAUGACAGUGACGCACACAUGGAUUAGGUAGGUAUAUAAGCCUGCUUGCUCUUCUCGGUUGAGGUUUCCUUCGUUUUACACUCGUCCUACCCGGCCCACCUAAAUAACAAUCAUCGAGGGCGAAAGGACAUUACCACCAUGGGCCGCUCACUCGUUCUCGCGCAGGCGUUCACCGCGCUCGCGACUGUGAGCUCGGCGCUCACCGUAACUAUUCCCGGAGCGCCUCCGUUCAAACCAGGCGGAGCAAAGCUGCUUCAGAGACGGAGCGCGAAGUCAGGCAACACUACUACGGAUAGCAUCUCGUGGGGACCGUGUCCGGAUUCGUUCCCGUCUAACAUCACGUGUGCGACUUACACCGUGCCUCUGGACUGGGAGCACCCGCAAGCCAACGAGACGAUCGAGCUGGGCCUGGUCCGCAUCGAGGCGCGCGACAAGAGCAACCGCAUCGGGAACUUAUUCGUCAACCCGGGCGGCCCCGGCGGGCAAGCCUCGAGCCUCGUCGCGUCCCUCGCCACGGCGCCGUCCGCCGUCGACCCCCAGAUCCUCGACCGCUUCGACGUGAUCGGCCUGGACCCGCGGGGCGUCGGCCUCAGCACGCCGGUGCGCUGCGACGCGGCGGCGUACAACCAGCGCGUGACCUGGUUCCCCGAGACGCAGGGCCAGUUCGACGCGCUCGUCGCGUACAACAAAAACCUCGCCGAGAGCUGCCGCGCCGAGACGGGCCGCCUGAUCGACUUCGUCGACACGGUCAGCGCCGCGCGGGACCACGAGGCCGUGCGCAAGGCCCUCGGCGGCGAGAAGGCCAACUUCCUCGGCUUGUCCUACGGCACCCAGCUGUUCGGCCAGUACGCCGAGCUGUUCCCCGAGGGCGUCCGCGCCCUGGUCCUCGACGGCAACCUCCAGCACUCGCAGUCCGAGUCCAGCAACCUGCUCAUCGAGAGCGCCGCGUACGAGGCCACGCUGAAGAACUUCUUCGCCUGGUGCGCCGCCGCGCCCGACGACGACGAGUGCCCCCUCCGCGGCCAGGACGUGCGGGCCAAGUACGAGAGCGUGGUGGCCAAGGCGCGCGAAUCGCCCAUCCCGGCCCCCGGGUGCGACGACAAGACGUGCCGCUCGAACGUCACGGCGGAGGACAUCCGCUUCAGCGUCCAGCCGUACCUGAUCUCGCCGGGAUCCUGGCCGUCGCUCGGCAAAGCCAUCGCGGCCGCGGCCGACGACGACGACGCGACGCUCAUCUCGCAACAGCAGCCCUUAGCGACGGGGGACGCGUACGAGGACUCGCUGCUGUUCGCCGGCACGGCGAUCGCGUGCCAGGACUGGACGCACGCGUCGUCGUCGCUCGCGGAGGUCCGGGCGAAAGCGGCCCUGGGGCAGACCUUCACGCCGCUGACGGGGGGCGCGUGCCAGAGCUACAAGAUCCAGACCUCGUGUGUCGGGUGGCCGGCGCCGCUCUCCAACCCGCCGAAGCCCGUCUCGUACGACGGCGCCGCCAAGAUCCUCAUGCUGCAGUCUACCUUCGACCCCUCGACCAGCUACGCCUGGGGUCUGGGCCUGCACGCGGAGAUCGGGGACCGCCGCUCCGUGCUGGUUACGCGCAACGGCACGGGGCACACUAGCUACCUGCUAGGCGGCGAGGCCGCGGCCGCGGCAAACGCGUAUCUCGUCAACUUGACGCUACCGGAGCCGGGGACGAUUUUGCAGUCGUGAGGCGGACACGGCCUUGCUGGGUAAUGGUAAUGGUUGUAUGAGUUAUUAGUAGGAGUUCCAAAUUAUAUAUAUGGAUUUUUGAGUGUAUAUGAUAGUUAAGCGAAUCCGGUUUACUGAACUUGAAAUUUCAAGAGUAUAGGAGGUACAGUACCUAAUACAUUAGCCGAGCAUCAACGAUGUACAUAUUUCUUGGUUCCUACUAUGUUAUUGGCCGUCUUGUCGAUGGCGGAGUGAAACUGCUUAUAUACCUGGCUUACUUCACAAGGUAGUAAUGAACUAAUCAGACACCUAGUUGAGUCACAGGCCAAUACAUAUAUCACUAAUGAUGAUCUAAUAA